CAAGCACCACCAACAACCAACCAAAGACUGCCAAAAGCGUGAAGAAGACACUCCACCGGAGACCAAGUGUGAGAGAGAAAGAGAGACCGACCCAGAAGGAGGAGUACGAGGAGGAGGAGGAGGAGGAGGAAGAAGAACAAGCAGAAGACGAAGAAGACGAAGAAGAAGGAGAAGGAGAAGAAGACGAAGAGGGCUUUUUGGGAGUCCCUCGGCUUACUUCAUCUUGGAGGUCCAUGCACGGCAAAAUAGUCUUGUGAACCACACGGUGACGGAAAUGAUUCAGUAGUGGAGUGGGAGACCUUUGGCUACAACAGCAGACUUUCUCAAGUCAAACUGGAAGAAGAGCCAGCAGGAAGAAGAAAGGUGAAGUUGGUUUGGAGGCAAAACUUCCCAAAACAUAUAUCAAAAGACUCAAUACUUGGGGAGGGAUUUCUGGUUGUGUGUUUGUCUCUGUGCCCAAGGGGCAAAACCAACACCCUUAAAGUGACCUGAACAAGCGAGAAGGGAAUGAUGGAACAUAACUUGCCGCAGAUUUGAAGUUUGACUCGACCACGUCAGCCGUGGAAGAAAUUUGAGAGGUUUCACCGAUUAGACCGGCAAAAAGUAAAGGACACGCCACCCACUGACUGAUUGCCUGACUGGCUGUGUUGUUCAACUUUGCCAAUCCUGGCCUGACGCCAGGCAACAAAGUGAAAAAGGAUCGAUUUGCUCUGGCAGAGUGCGACUGAAAAACAAAAUAGGUAAUUCAAUACUGUUGUCCCGUCAUUGGAUCAUUUGUCAUUUCUGGGGCUUUUGAUAAGAAGCCUUGCCUUGUCAAUCAUCAACAUUAUUUAGAAAAGAUUUUCCGGUCAACCAAGUUGUGGUUGUGACUCGGGUGGAAAAAGAGCCGCUUCCAACUUGUGAUGUGAUUUAAGAUGAGAUAACUCCAGAAUGCAACAUAUCCUCAAUAUUGCCAUAUCGUGCUCCAAUUGUGAUCGUCGUGCAUUUAGAACCAUAUCAAAUUGUGCCUGAGCCAAACCAGGCUCUAUUUAGUUACCUAUUCGAGGAGAGAAGAACGGAUAUCUGCUUUUCACAUUCCCAACCCUGAAGUCAAAAUGGCCCUCAUUCCGCGUAGACACCGAUCUCUGAUCUACAAGCUCUUGAUCCUGAUCCCCGUGGUUUGGUUGACGGUGGCAUUCCUCCUCUACAGUGAUCGUGGCGGAACCGGAGACUACCAUGAAGAGCCCGCCUUCUUAAGGGGUGGAAGACGGGAUCUCAACGCCCAUCUGAGGGGCAGUGGACCCCGUGGGAGUGGAGGUCGGAGUUUGGAUAACCUGUCCCUUAGUGGUCCUGAUAAGGACCCAAGUCAAAACGAAGUCGAUGUUCAAGGCGUGAAGGUGGACGACAAUUUGAUCAAAAAGCCGUCAUCAUCUUCACAAUCCUCCGCCGAAAGGUGGAAAAAUGACGCGGAGAGACAUGAGGUUGGGGUCAUGCCACUCCCUCCCGACCCUAACGGUCCCGGAGAAUUGGGCAAGCCGUUCAAGAUCGAAAAUCCCGAUGCCAAGACCAAGAAGGUCAUCGAUGACGGCUGGCAAAAGAAUGCCUUCAAUCAGUACGUCAGUGAUCUCAUAUCCGUGCACAGGACCUUGCCAGAUCCUCGAGACGAAUGGUGCAAAGCCCCGAACCGCUUCUUGUCAGAUCUCCCGUCCACAUCAGUCAUUAUUUGUUUCCAUAACGAGGCCUGGUCCAUCUUGUUACGUACGGUCCAUUCUGUCAUGGAUCGAUCGCCCAGUCAUCUUCUGAAAGAGAUCAUUCUGGUGGACGAUGCAUCAGAUAUGAGUCAUCUUCAAGAACAGCUCGAAAGUUAUAUGAGUAAAUACCCAAAAGUGAAGGUCGUUCGUGAGAAAGAACGAGCCGGGCUAAUCCGUGCACGAUUAACUGGUGCUCGUCAUGCCACCGGACAAGUCCUGACCUAUUUAGACUCGCAUUGCGAAUGCACAACAGGUUGGUUAGAGCCUUUGUUGGACCGGAUUGCGCGUGAUCGAACCACCGUCGUUUGCCCCGUUAUUGACGUGAUCGAUGAUGAUACUCUGGAGUACCAUUUUCGAGAUUCCAGCGGGGUGAAUGUUGGAGGUUUCGAUUGGAAUCUUCAGUUCAAUUGGCACGCCAUUCCUGAACGCGAACGGAAGAAGCAUAAUAGCUCAGCCGAAGCUGUGGCCACGCCCACAAUGGCUGGCGGACUCUUCUCGAUCGACAAGGAUUUCUUUGAGAGAUUGGGCACGUACGAUUCUGGUUUUGACAUUUGGGGCGGAGAGAACCUUGAGCUCUCCUUUAAGACGUGGAUGUGUGGGGGAACAUUGGAGAUUGUUCCAUGUUCUCAUGUAGGUCAUAUCUUCAGGAAGCGAUCACCUUACAAAUGGAGAAGCGGGGUGAAUGUUCUUCGUAAGAACUCGAUCCGGUUGGCCGAAGUGUGGUUGGAUGACUACAAGAAGUACUAUUACGACCGAAUUGGCCAUGACUUGGGCGACUUUGGAGACGUCAGUAGCCGGACAAAACUUCGCAAUGAUCUUCAAUGCAAAACGUUCAAAUGGUACUUGGACAAUAUCUAUCCGGAGCUGUUUAUCCCGGGCGAAGCCGUGGCCAAUGGUGAAAUCCGGAGUCUCUUUGAUGACGCAAAGGCAUGCCUUGAUGCCUCCAUUAAGCGAAAGUUACUUAACAAGAAAAUGCAACUCUUCCCAUGUCAUGGUCUCGGUGGAAAUCAGUAUUGGAUGCUCUCCAAGGAAGGCGAGAUCCGUCGAGACGAGGCUUGCCUGGAUUAUGCCGGCUCAGAAGUGAUUUUGUACCCUUGCCAUGGCUCAAAAGGCAAUCAAUUUUGGGAGUACAACCAUCAGACCCAGACCAUGCGACAUGGAAGUAGUCGGAAAUGUCUGGCCAUCGGCCCGAACAAGGACAAGUUGCUGAUGGAAAUUUGCGAUCCGACGGAAAAGCGUCAACGUUGGAAAUUUGGCUCGUGGAAUUCCGAAAAAGCCUCCCAGGCCGACGUGCUAGAAUCAUGAUGGACGCCCUUUGCGAGGCCACGUUUCAGAUCCGGCCUUGUAUCCUCCAUAGACUUUGAUGCAUUCGUUUAGGCGUGAAAUGCACCCGGAAAGGGAAUAGCAAUGAGAGUUGUGCAUCGCCUCUAACCGUGAGAAUUGUGUCCGAUGGGAAUCUACAAGAAAGGCUGGACAUUCAAUAAAUUCAUCCAGAUUCUGCUACUUCAACGACGCCCCCUACUAAUUACGAUGAAACUUAUUACUUGUGCCAGUGUGAUAGCAAAAUUGGUCACUCCGUGUGUCGAUUGUUUGACUUUUUAUGAAUACUGCGAGCGGAAAAGAACCCGUCCCAUGGGGGAAGCGGGAACAGAAAAUGGGCCAAAAACACUCCCACUAUUCCUACUACUACUACUAUUAUUAUUAUUAUUAUUACUACUACUACUACUUCUAAUGCUACUGCUACUACAACUACUACUACUAUUAUGAACAAGCAACACGUCAACAACAUAUCAAGAGCAAUCCAUGUGGUGACUUUUGAAUCUAAGAUAAUAAUGAAUGAACCAAGUGCCUCAAUUGAUUAUUACACAAUACAUAAGGCAUAUCAACUAGUACUACAGCUCCAAUUUGGUCACAAUAUUUGUUUGGCAACCAAAUGAUUAAGAACCCCAAGAAAUUUUCCCAGACAAGCUGAAUAACCGGAAAUGAUCAUUCCGGAUUGUUCUGCAAGUCAGAAUGUUUGACCAAAGCAACCCUUAUUGCAUAGCCCAGAAAUGCAUUUGAAAAGUUCCACUUUGUUGACUAUCAUUCCCAUCUAUUCGUUCCUUCCGCCCCGCCCCCGUCUAUUUUACGAGUAUAUUUUUGGCUCUUUUUGUGAUUUCUGACGGGCGUAGAGAGCUUUUGUUCAUUGGGUUGAUAAACUGUGUGUUUAUGUCUUCUUGAAAUUGUCUAUGAACUGUUUCCUUGUUUGCUACCGAGUUGCCCAAAAUAAACUUUCUACUGAAAAGGA